AUGACGACGCCCACACCACGCACACUCUCCUUCCUGGAAACGCUGCCCACGGAACUCAUUGGCCUCAUUACAGAUGCCCAAGAUUCACAAGGCCAUAACCUCAGCAAAACGGACCUUGGGAAUCUGCGCCUUGCCAGCCGCCGCAUGCAACAGGCUACAUUUCAAAAUAUCGCCAAACGCGCUCACACCACCCACAAGUUCAUGCUUUCACGAGCGAGUAUACAGUAUAUGUUGGAAAUUGGCAACGACGAAUACGCCAGCCCGUACGUGCGUGAGAUAGCCAUUGGUCCUGAGCGGUUGAAUCCAAACUUCGAAGCUCUCCUGGAGGACAUGGAUGAAAAAGUCAAGGAGCACUGGCUCGAGUGCUUCAAGCCUGUAUACGAUAAGCUUGUCAAAGAGCAACAGGAAUUUGUCACUAGCGGUGACAUGUCCCGUAUGCUUUCGGAAGCUUUUGUCAAGUUUCCCAACUUGGAGCGUGUUCGUCUUGACAGCUACCCUCUCGAUCCAGUUGGGACAUACAACGAUGCCACAAUCACCGAAUGGACCGUGGGCUGGGGUGCAAGCUCGCUGCUGCAGGAAAUUGGCUACACCUCUCAGUAUAUCUACUAG